CUUGGCCAAGUCAAGUUCAUUAUAUUAGACUUCUUAGUAAUAUUUUAAAUAAAAAAUGUUUCGGACUUUGCAAGUUGGUUCGCGUAUCUUGACGCGUUAUUAUUCACGUAUGAUAUGACCUUAAAAUAUAUUUGCGUUUAGUUCGGCAAAUUUCGCAACGGCAUUAAAAGGGGUAGAUGCAUCCGAUCCCAAAUAUACAAUGGAUCAAGUGAGGAGCGAGAUUAUACAGCAUUUGGGUUUAGAAAGAGGCUACCAUCCAAUACCAAAGAGUCGGGAACAUUUACUAAAGUAUACUCCAAAAGCAGAGGAUUUGCCACCGUGUUCAAUGCGGGAUUCAUUCUCAACAGCAGUACUACCACUAAGCACUGAUUUGCAACUGCAGGAUAAUUAUGUCUCUCAUUUGGGUAACGUACGCAUGAGCCGUUUAAUGGAAGAUAUAGACGCUUUUGCAGUUUGGGUCUGCCAUCUGCACGUUAAAGUGCCCACCUUACCGGAGGAUGUAAGUCUACCUUACACUUUCGCUACCAUACUGGUCGACAAGAUUACAAUAUGCAACUUGACGACAGAUGUCAAGGAAGACAUACAUAUUUCCGGCCAUGUAUCUUGGGUAGGACGAAGUUCAAUGGAAGUUGUUGUUUGGUUGGAACAAAAGUACCAAGGCGUAUAUAAAAUGAUAACACGGGCCCUCUUUCUCAUGGCUGCACGCAAUGCUACUAAUACAGGAGCAGCGCCAGUCAAUCCCAUUGUUCCAGCUACGGAGGAGGAAAAACAAAUACUUUCUGGUGGGAAGGCGCGUAAAAAACGCCGUCAAUUGUUACAAGCACAAUCCAUCUUUAAAGUGGAACCGAAUGACUUCGAACAAAGUUUAAUGUAUGAUAUCUAUAAGCGAACAACCCACACUAACACCAUGGAGUUGAACAAACGUUGGUUGCCAUCUAAUGCGCGAUGGAUGUCUGAAUGGAGUACAGUUACAACAAUACCGUCGUUCCCAGACAACCGUAAUGCGCAUAAUACGGUGUUUGGUGGUUUUCUAAUGCGUUUAGCUUGUUCACAUAACUGUUGUUUGUAACACCUAAAACUACAGGAGUUAGAUAUAGGGUAAUAUCCGUCCGUCCGUUUCUGCAAGCGAUCUUAAUGAAACUUGGUACACAUAUUCCUUGGCACCAUGAGGCGGUUGAAAAUGGGAGAAUUGGACCACCGCCACACCCUUUUCGACAGUCGUUUCAUUACGUGCCCCAUCACACACCAUAAAAUAGUUGAAAUCAGAUAAUAACCACGCCCACCUCCCAUACAAAGCUUAUGUUGAAAAUUAUUAAAAGUGCGUUAACUCACUAAUGAAACACUAAAUUUUACAGAAGAAAUGGCAGAGGGAAGCUGGAUUAAAAAAAAAUGGAUAA